CCCAGUCCCAGGCCUGACACCCCGGAGGACCGCCUCCACUCCUGUAUAUAAGCAGCCACCCCCGGCCUCCUAGCCACUAGCUGUUGGUCGCCUAACUUGGUUCACACACACCAGAAGAGCUUGGCCAUUUUUUUUGGCUCCUUCCUGUCUCCAUUGCCGACAGCUAGAGCUCGAUCGUAUCUAGCUACUGCAGCAGCAGCAGCAGCUCUGUCUCCUCUCCUAGCACAUCGUCUCGAGAUCGCAUCUCGCACGGCGUCGUCGCUCCGCCGCCAGGCUGAGGAGGACGACGGAGGAGGAGGAGUGAGUGAAAAAGAUUAGAAGGCGAAGCAGCAGGCCGGCCGGGCGGCGACCGAGCUAGACGUAGCCUGUGGUUGAGAUGAGCUGCAACGGCUGCCGCGUGCUGCGCAAGGGCUGCAGCGACGCCUGCGUGCUCCGGCCCAGCAUCGAGUGGAUCGACGGCGCGCAGCCGCAGGCCAACGCCACCGUCUUCGUCGCCAAGUUCUUCGGCCGCGCCGGCCUCGUCGCCUCCCUCGCCGCCGUCCCGCUGCACCACCGCCCAGCCCUGUUCCGGUCUUUGUUGUACGAGGCCUGCGGGCGGAUCAUCAGCCCGGUGAGCGGCGGCAUCGGCCUCAUGUGGACGGGCAACUGGGACCUCUGCCAGGCGGCCGCCGACGCCGUCCUCCGCGGCGAGUCCCUCCGCGCGCUCUCCGCCAUCCCCGCCGCAUUCACGGACCGCGACAUGGACGGCCUCUACGGCAGCGCCGGCGUCGCCGCGUCCUCCUCCUCGCCCGAGAACUCCUCCUCCGCGCCGCCGUCCAGGAAGCGCAGGAACACCAACGGCGGCCUCGCCUUCAACGCCGCCGCCGCCGUGCCCGCCUGCCAGAACCCGCCGGCGGGGCUGCUGCAGUCGUGCGAGCUGGACCUCUGCCUGACGCCGGCGUCGCCGAUGGCGGGAUCGGGGCGCCGGGGCUGCGGCGGCGCGUCGGACGAGUACUCCGCCACGACGACGUGCGAGGACCUGCAGGCCGCCGGCGACGUGGAGGCCAGGGCGCCGGCGCUGCUGAACCUCUUCAACUGACUGAUCGUGCCAUCGCCCUUCUUCUUUCUUCCUUGUAAGAAGAUGUGUAACUUUGUACUUGUAGAGAGAGGGGGUUCAGCAGGGUGUGUGGCAUCUCGGUAAUUAGUUGCAGGAAUCUGUUGGUGACUUUGGGGCGGGGUGUGAAAAUGGUUUUGAAGCGAUCCAGCUGUUGAUUCGCGAGGGUUCAGAUGGUGAAUUAACGAGUGUGUUAAUUUGCUAGAGAAAACAUGGGCUCCUGUAGCAAGGGGUGUGAUGCAUAGGUGGAUUAACAUCGAGCUGUUUGAGGUCCGUAUCUGAAUCAGGUUGAGAAAACCAAGGCCUUAUAUGCAGUUCAAGGUGUUUCCUUA